UUCCGGCUUCCCUUACCACGCUGCUUCUCUGUCCUUUAAGGUUGAAAGCAAAGCAUGGGGAAGAGCUGCAAGGUGGUCGUGUGUGGCCAGGCAUCUGUGGGCAAAACCUCCAUUCUGGAGCAGCUCCUGUACGGGAACCAUGUUGUGGGUUCUGAGAUGAUCGAGACCCAGGAAGACAUCUACGUGGGCUCCAUUGAGACAGACCGAGGGGUGCGGGAGCAGGUACGGUUCUAUGACACGCGGGGCCUCCGGGAUGGGGCCGAGCUGCCCAAGCACUGCUUCUCCUGCACAGAUGGCUACGUCCUGGUCUACAGCACGGACAGCCGAGAGUCAUUUCAGCGUGUCGAGCUGCUCAAGAAAGAAAUCGACAAGUCCAAGGACAAGAAGGAGGUCACCAUCGUGGUCCUUGGCAACAAGUGUGACCUGCAGGAGCAGCGCCGUGUCGACCCUGACGUGGCCCAGCAUUGGGCCAAGUCAGAGAAGGUGAAGCUGUGGGAGGUGUCGGUGGCUGACCGCCGCUCCCUCCUGGAGCCUUUCAUCUACCUGGCCAGCAAGAUGACCCAGCCUCAGAGCAAGUCUGCCUUCCCCCUCAGCCGCAAGAACAAGGGCAGUGGCUCCUUGGAUGGCUGAAAAGCUGCCCUUCUUCCUCCAACCCAUCCCAGGAUGGGUUGAGGGCACAGCGAUGCAUAAGCAAGCCAUUCUAGAGGGCAGGUGAACUGCCCUCCAGACCAGGAAGCCGGGCUGGCCCAGGCCAACGCCACUUUUGUCCCCUCUUAACUCCAAGAAGUGCAAGUGAACUUGAUUGCUGGCCCUCCCCUUGACCCUUCCACAUUUGCCCCCACCCC